AUGGCAUAACCUAUGGCAUCUCAAACCCAACAAACAUUGCCAGAGGGGCAAUAGAAAUGGGAGGAAAUCCGAUAUGAGGAAAUAAAGAAAGAAAAUCCUUCUGAAGAAUUACAAAAUGCAGGGCUAAAUGAAGAAAUAUCUCUCAAGAAUCCCCUUCCUCUAGAAUAUCAAUGGAUAUUGUAGGAUCACAAAGAGACGGAUUACUCUCUGAAUUCUAGGAUUAAAAGUUAAAAUUUCCCUCUUAGAUUUGUCUAAGAUGGGGAGUGA